AUGUCUUCUAACGAGCACCGGGAGACCGAAGAUGACGCCUACAUGCAGGCAGACGACGCCGAGGAGGUCUUCGACCGCGACGAGGAUCAUGACAUGGAACUUGAAGGAGAGGAUGAUGCCGAUCAGAACAUGACCAUUGAAGAUGAGAUUCAUUUCCAGAACGACUCUUCGGCACACUUCGACUCGCACUCAGACUCUGUCUUCUGCGUUGCGCAGCACCCCAUUCACAACAACAUUGUCAUUACUGGUGCAGGUGACGACACCGCCUAUAUCUUUGACUCGACACCCCAAGAGCGACCUGUGUUUCCCUCAAGCUACGAAACCACUCCUCAGCCCAGAGAGCGUGAGUCGCUGCAGCCUAUCGUCAAGAUGGAGGGACACAGUGACACCGUCAAUGCCGUUACUUUUACCGAGCCCGCUGGCGAGUACGCCGUGACCGCCGGUAUGGAUGGCAAGCUCCGAGCUUGGAGGGAUACCAGCCCCCAAAAGAACGGAUACGCAUGGGAGUUCUUUGGUGAGGCCCAGGAGGUCGAGGAGAUUAACUGGAUGGCGGUCUGCCCCCACAAGCAGGGCGAUGACGGCAAGCAAAAUGUUAUUGCUAUCGGUGCAAAUGACGGUAGCGCUUGGGUCUUUCGUAUUGAUCACACCGACCCCGCUCAGCCCAUUUCUAUCAUUCAGACCUUCUUCUCGCACACCGCAUCCUGUACCGCCGGUGCGUGGACACCAGAUGGAAACCUGCUGGUUACCGUCUCCGAGGAUGGCAGCUUCUAUGUGUACGAUGUCUUUGGAGCCGCUGCCGCUGCCGGUAUCUCUUACUCCCCGGGUACCAACGCUGUUCUUGGUUUAACUGCUGAGGACCAGCGUUUCGCUGUUGAGGGUGGUCUAUAUGCCAUCGCAAUCUCCCCAAGCGGUGGUAUUGCCGCUGUUGGAGGUGCCGAGGGUCACAUCCGAGUUGUUGGUCUUCCUCGCAUUGCAGCCGCCGCACCGGCAGCAAAGGGCAAGGGUCCUCUCCCGCAAGCAGCCGGUGCUACCGCUGCAGGAACCAUCAUGGCUGCGCUGCAGGCUCAAACAGAUAACAUUGAGUCUCUCUCUUUCUCUCAGCCUCCGUUCACCCUACUCGCUGCUGGAUCUGUUGAUGGCUCGAUUGCGCUGUACGAUGCCGCCCAUCGUUUCGCCGUCCGUCGCCAUAUCAAGGAAGCUCACGAUGGCGCUGCCGUUGUCAAGGCUGAGUUCCUGCCUAGUCGCUCCCCUCUGGCAGCUCCUGUACCCGGAGCCCUUGCUUCCGCCCCUGCUGCGAACCAGAACCGGUCUUGGAUGCUCACCUCUGUCGGAUUGGACGGUAUCGUUCGGCGCUGGGACGCCCGCGGUGGUACCGCCGCCGCUGCUCAGGGUCUGAUGCAGGAGUGGAAGGGUCACAUGGGACUCACCGAGAACGAGGAUGGCGAGCAAGCCGGUGGCAUCAUGGCCUUCGUACAGGGCUUUGAUGGAAAGCGUAUCGUCACUGCGGGUGACGAUGGCAUCUCGCUGGUUUUCGAGGAGUAA